UGUGCAUUCAUAGCUUUUCUUUCAGUUAGUGCGUACCACUAGUAGAAGCAAUACGUCCUCUCGGAAGUGCAAUCGAAAAUAAAAUGGAACUGAGUUUUUCUACCGGUUUGGGUCAAAAGAGGUGCUCCACAAGUGAGGAGGUUAUUGAGCAGAUACCGGAGCCUGAGGCACAAGAAACCUUAAUUUCAGCCAAUCCGCAACCACAAUAUCAACACCAACAUUCUAAGAAACGCCCACCAUGGAGUUGUUUCUAUUGUUCGGCUGAUGUUAAGGUCAGCGAGGAUGCCCUAAAGGCCAUAAAAUCGAAAAAGGACAAAAGAGAAAAUGAAAACAUUAGCAAAACCGAAUUCCACAACUAUCAGCAACGAAAAACCUUGGGUCAAGGAAUGAUGGAUUUAGCUUUGCUAACCGCAAAUGUGAAUCAGCUGCGAACGCUGUUGGAUAUGGAGAUUAAACAUCCGUAUUAUGUGGCAAACGUUGUCUUCAUUUCGAUCAGUAUUUUCUUUCAAGUUCUUGUCGGAAUAAGUUUGAUUCUGAACAGCAGAGUUAAUGUUAAUGAAGAGACCGAUGUUGCUGGUGCUUCGAGAGUUAAUAAUUUCACCUUUGCCUGUAUUUUCAUAAUUACCAUUGUAAAUGUAUUCCUGUCUGUAUUCUACGACAUGAAAUAAGUCGACUUUAUUAUAAAAAAAUUAAUUUUGUGAAUUUUUUUUAGAAAAAUAAAUAUUUAAUAAAUGUCUAUUUAGACAUAAAUGCGUA